GGUGACCGCAGUCAUCGUGGACAAGGCCAUUGCGCAGGGCGCGCUUGACCGAGAAAUGCAGACGCACGUCCUCAAAAAGAAGAUGAAGAAAUACUCGCCCUUCCUUCAUCGGCUCUUCCAGGACAUCGAUAGGUCUAAGAGAGGAGAGAUGCCUCUCGGUGAGGUCCAGGACGGGCUAGCGCAAGUGGAGCAACAGAAACUGUACGACUUGCCAGACGACCUCAUGAGGAUCUUAGCUUCGGACCAGCUGAUCGACAUGUUCGAAUUUCUUGAUACCGACAACUCGGGCACGAUAAACGAGGAUGAGUUUGUCAACGGCAUCUCACAUUUGCUGUCGACGGCGUUUCUCCAUUCCGUCCCUAUCGAGACCACCCAGUCGUUGCACCUGCUGCGCUCUCACGGCGCUACGCUGGAUCUGAUUAGAGACUUGAGCCUCCAGGGGGAACGGCUGAGGCUGGCAUCUGACCACGACAUCGGGAUCGACCGCCUCAAUUUGUGCCUCAUGCCGCGCCUCCGCGUCGGCGGAGACGACGGAGCGGAGCGGGCGUCCGUCAAGCCCCGGAUUUUCCACGUCAGCCUCGACCAGCCCCUGGCCCAGGCGCAUCCCGUGCACUCCCGCGUCGAGGUGGAGAGCUACCCCUCCCGGCGCCAACUUGCGGCGUGAGCGGCGGAGUUCGCCGGGCGCACCUCGCACGCGUUGGACGGCCGGCGCGAUCUUCUCUCGGGCGAGGGCGAGGUGGCCUUCGGGGGGGGCUUGUCGCCACGGCUGCGGGCAGCUCGGAAAGCUGAUGCAUGUGGACCACCCUUGGAGGGGUCCGAGGGUUGCUUCUGGGCUGGCGUUGUGGCAACUUGGCCUGCUCGGGGUCUGACGGCUGGCCGUCGGCGCACACGGCGCUGCACUCGUGAACAUCUGUUUUUUUAGUGGCCACGCGGACGGCGCGGCAGGGAGAUGGGCGGAAGAAAAGGG